GGCCAUGGUUGACUUAAAAAUGCUCCAACAGUCAGAUCUAGAAAAAGAAAGUUCUGUUCAUCACACUCCCGCAUAACUGUUAGAGCAAGAUCAAGUAUGUUGCACCCAAUCUCACUCUCAAUCUUAACAAUUCUCUUCUUCUCUGCUAUUUUCAUUCUGUUAAGUAAGGUUAAGAAGAGAUUUGAUGAUCAUGGGUCCAAGCUCAAUCUACCUCCUUCUCCACCAAAGAUGCCAAUCAUCGGAAAUAUUCAUCAAUUAGGUCCAAUGCUUCACCAAUCUUUUUACAAUCUAUCCAGAAAGUAUGGUCCAUUAAUUCUCUUACACUUAGGCCAAAAACCCAUACUUGUAGUUUCAUCAGCAGAGAUGGCAACUCAAAUUUGUAAGACAAAUGAUGUAAUUUUCUCAAAUAGGUUCAGUACAAAAGCUUCUAAAGUUAUCUUCUGUGGUGGAAAUGAUAUAGCUAUAGCUCCAUAUGGUGAUUACUGGAGGAAAGUCAGAAAAUUCUGUGUUCUUGAAUUGCUGAGCCACAAAAGGAUUCAAUCGUUUCAGUUUGUAAGAGAAGAAGAAGUUAAUAGAGUCAUGGAGAGGAUAAAUUGUGUAGCUAGAGAGCCAGGUAUGUCAAUUAAUUUGACAGAGAUUAUGUUUACAAUGUUGAAUACAAUUAUCUUUAGGUGUUCACUUGGAGACAAUUUUAACAAAGAUCAUGUAGAUAGUUUUGGUAGGUUGAUUAAGAAAGCGACGACAUUAAUGGAGUCUAUGUGCUUUGAAGAUUUCUUUCCAUUUCUGAAAUGGGUUGAUGUUGUAAAUGGAUUACAGGGGAGACUUGAUAGAACAUCUCAAGAAUUAGAUACAUUCUUUAAUCAAGUCAUUGAUGAUCAUCUUGGUUUUGAGGGACCCGGCUGCAGAGAUGAUAAGCAGAUGAAUUUCAUUGAUUUGCUUCUUCUACAUGCUGAAGAAGACAAUCUUAAUUUGUCCAGAGAUAAUAUCAAGGGGAUUACAACGGACAUGUUUGUUGGUGGGAGUGAUACCACUGCGACAGCCGUUGAGUGGUCUAUGGCCGAGCUUAUACAGAAUCCAAGGCUGAUGAAGAAAGCACAAGAAGAGGUAAGAAGAGUGGUUGGUAACAAAUUGAAAGUGGAAGAGCAGGACAUUAAUCAAAUGGAGUAUUUGAAAUGUAUUGUCAAGGAAAGUUUACGGCUACAUCCGCCUUUACCGUUUUUGAUUGGAAGAGUUUCCACUGCCGCUGCUAAAAUUGGAGAUUAUGAUAUCCCAACAAAUACUGGGGUUUUCAUUAACGCCUGGGCAAUUCAAAGAGACCCCAAGUUGUGGGAUAAGCCAGAGGAGUUCUGUCCUGAGAGAUUUAGAAACAACCCUGUUGAUUUUAAAGGUCAUGAUUUUGAAUUCAUCCCAUUUGGGUCUGGGAGAAGAGGGUGCCCUGGAAUGGCUUUUGGCAUUGCAGUUGUGGAGUUUGUUCUUGCCAACCUCCUGUACCAGUUCAAUUGGGAAUUGCCUGGAGGUGCUAACAGUGAGGAAUUAGACAUGACUGAAGGUUUUGGAAUCACGGUUAAUAGGAAGAUACCUCUUCAUGUAGUUCCAAUAUUGUGUCAUUCAGCUUCGUCUUAACUUCUCAUUAUAUAUAUACAACUAUUUUCUAAUACAAUUUAGUGUGAUUGGAAAAUUUAUUUAAGAGCAUUUGCACUCCAUAAUACAGUUCUUCAUCUAAAAUUGGGAAGGACUCAUUUGUUGACUAGUCAUUCGUUUUUGGCAUCUGGUUGACUGGACAGUGUGCAUCCUUUAUGUAGAGGGAUGUAAAACAUUGGUGCUUGGGGUUGUUGGGAGAUCUGCAAGUGCGAGGUCUUUGGCUAAUAGGAGUUUGGCUUUUCAAAUGUGUGUGCUGUACUGUAAUGUACCUGAGGGAAAGGGAAGCGCACCUGUUAGUUUCCCCCCUGCUGCAAGAUGAAUGGAUACCCCUAAUGGCUUGCUUGCAGUAACUGACCAUAUCGCCCUUCACUGUGCUUUCACUGAUGAAAGUUUUCAGAUUGUAAAUGCUGAAUUCCUGCAGCAAGUAAAACCUUUGCACUGGAUGGUGCUGAAGGGCCACGACGGAUGGAAGCAUGAGUUUGGGCAUUAACCUUAGGUGCAGAUUACAGUGAAGCAGGGUUGGAGAGAAGUGAAAAAGCUAUCUCCAUAUUGCAGUCUUACUUUUGGAUAUGGGGUUAUCCUAAAGGAAUGCAGUACGCAAUGUGGAUAAUGAGGAAAAUGAAAGUGGUUAUGAAGAUGAACAAUAUGGGCGACAAGACAAAGAAAGAGGACAUCCAAAUGACUCCAGAAACCAGCAAAUUUGAAUCUUCCAGGUUGAAGACAAAGAAAGUGGACAAGACGAAAAUUUGUGCAGUAUGAAAAGUGCAUUAAGUUGAAUGUGUGUGAACUCUUCCAGGUUAGCGAGCGCCCUUCUACUAUUGUACUUUUCAAACUAUAUUUGCUCUUGAUGUCCUGAAAAUGUGAUGCUUUGUAUUUUCCUUAUCUUGUUUCUCUGGGAAGCUCUCUUGCACUUUAGAUAAAUAGAAGAAUAGAAUUUGUAUUUCAUUGUGUGGGAAAAUUGUGCUUUGGAAAGGUUAUCUUCUUGAGGAGUGCAGGCUUGUCAACUGCAGAAACCCCUCCCUAAGUUCUGCUUCUUUGGUCUUAGUUAUUAUCAAUUUAGUCUGUUGUUUCUCCUUGUUGGACCA